AGUCGUAGCCAUCGAGAUGGCAUUGGUUUAUUUGUCAUCCAAGACAGUUGUCACUUGACAUGUUCGUUGCAGAGCCUAGGGAAGUGUCGGGGUGGGGUAAAUGGUACGUAAACCAGUUUUAUGAAGUCUGCACACCAGUAUGACACAGAAUGAGCAGCAGCCCAAAUUUUCAGUCAAGGCUGGAGUCACCACAGAAUGAUUUUUUCAAUUACUUUAGGUGCUGCAUGCGGUGGUUGCCAUGCUUGCAGAGCAGGCGCCAGGUGCAUCCAUCUGCAAGCAAUCUGGUGGAAAAUAAAUUCAUCAUUUUAAGCACGCAAAAAUUGAUUAGAGUUAUCCAUAUGGACUAUGAGUCAAAAAUUCCAACCAUCAGAGAUAGCCUUACAGGCAAUGUCAACCAGCCAACUGCUACAAAUUCGAGGAACUGCUCUAAAAUAUUAUCACCUGACAUUGAGUGCAGCGAUUAUAAAAGGAGAAGCCAUUCAAUGAUAUCCAAUACUUCAGAGCAGUCAUCAGAGGAUUAUUGGUUCACUCAUUGGAGUAGACCGCCUAAACCGACGGAUAGUUGUAACUGUUCUUUUAGAACAUCAUGGCGCUCCUCACUAAGAGAUUCCAGAUUUUCAGAUAUCCAGAAUGCACUAUCUGAAGUAAAAGAAUGUCUCUACUCUCCUCAAGAGGAAACUAACACUCAAGUGAUCCAGCCAACUACAGUACAUAGUUUUGCUAACAAUCUUGUAGAAAAAAUUUUAGUUGAAGUUAUAGAUCAUUUGGCAAGUGAUGAGUCAAAGAACGGUAUUGCUGCAAAGACUAACAGAGCAUUUAAUGUGCAUUCCACUCUUCAUAAAGAUGAGUUGAAUUUUAGUACAAAAGAUCUGAAGUUUUUUUCAAAUGGUUGUGUGCAGAAUGGAAGAGGUGUUUUGAAUCCAUCUUUUGCUGAUCAUCCUACUGAUCCAGUUGUUGCAGCAUGCAAUGAUAUAACUGGAUUGGAAGACAUUAAUUUUAAAGUAAAUCGAUCAGAGCGACUUCAGCCUAACUUAAUCAGUUUAAAUAAGUCAGCAAAAAACAUAUUUGAGACAAGGGAUUGUUCCAGCGAAUCUGUAGAACUGAAAAUUACUGAUGCUGAAAAAUCGUUGAGUAACAAAGUAAAGGCAGUUGAGCAGACUGGUUCUCCAACUGGUAACAAAGUACAACCCCUAGUUGAAGAACCCCCUGUUAUCACUAGAACAGCACACUCUAAGUGUUAUCAGAAAUGCACCCACAGCAAAAACAAUAAAAGACUGAAACCACCUCUUUAUUUCCUGCAUGGUGCUGGCUCUUCAGCAGACAUUUGGUUAAGAGUAAUGAAACAUUUUGCUAAAAUGGGAUUUGAAGUUGUUGCUCCAGACAUGUUGGGUCAUGGCUACAGCUCUGCUCCUGACAAUCCAGCACUAUACUCAUUCAGUAAUAUGCUGAAAGAUGCUGUAGAAAUAUUUGAUAAGUUCAUAAGUGAACAGCAGAAAUGUGUCAUCAUUGGUCAUGCAUAUGGAUGCAGCUUAGCUGUUGCAAUUAGUCGAUGCCGUCCUCAGCAAGUGAUCCAGCUUGUCCUAAUCAGUGGCGGAGGUCCUACACCCCUUGCUCCACAUACUGUAGACUGUAGGCCUGUAUCCAAUUCUGCGUGCCUAAUGAUGUGCAUGCAACCUCUUCUGAAAUGUGGCUUUAGAAGGAAUGUAUUGUAUUCUACAUAUGGGAAGCAUAUGGUGUCAUGUGAUGUUGCUGGCAGUGGUGUACCACAGUAUGUAUUGGACUACUUGGCACAAGGACAGGACUGGCCUGAAGGAGAUGCAGCAUUUCAUAGGCGUAUCACUAUUCCCACUCUCUUAGUUCAUGGCAUGCAAGAUCCUCUUGUUCCUCUUGUCCACGAGUGUGAGAUGGAAAGGACCAUUCCACGUUCUUUCCUUGAAGUAAUACCAAAUGCUGGCCACUUUGCUAUGUUGGAAACUCCUGAAAAGCUUAUCCACAUGAUUCGAUGCUUCAUUGAUUGGUGGAACACAUAAUUAAUUUUGAAAUUUCUGGGAUUAUGAAUGCAGAAGCAUUGCUCAUAUAUAUUACAACUGUUCAUACAUUCCUUAUUAAUGAAUGUUACAUGUUAGUGCUUGAAUUCAGAGAUUAGAAAGUGUUUCUCGCAUCAGUCACAUAUUGAAGUAACAUUUUAGUUUUAUUUUGUUCAAAAGCAGUAUUAGUAAGGCUGUUGUAUUUACAGAAGCUGUGUGUGUGUGUGUGUGUGUGUGUGUGUGUGUGUGUGUGUGUGUGUGUGUGUGUGUGUGUGUUUAUUUGCCGUCCUCAAUGUUGUUUAUGUUAUAACUUAAUUAAGUAUCAAAACAGUGGUUUCUGUUAAGAAAGAUCUUAGUAGGUUUUGGAAAUUAGACCUUAAGUGUUUUACUUACUUUGUUUCCACUUUAUAUCACAGAGUAAUACUUACAGUCACGACUCUCUGGUGUGAAAGUUGUUACCUGUUUGACAGCUGGAGUAACACUAGCACUCAAAGUGAUGAGAAAGCAGAUAGUCGCAUCCAUCCUGAGAAUAACUUACCUUAUACUUAAUUAACAAAAUUGGUUUUUUCCUUCAUUCCAUGCAUUACUAUAUUACCAAGAGACAUGAAUUGUCAUGAAGUAAGUGUAAAAGCAGCCAAAUCACACUGAUUCAGUGACAUAAGCUACAGCUUACUCAUGAAGAAAUACUUUCUAAUAUGCUAUAUUUGCAGGUUACUCUGCUGAAAGCAAAUGAAUAUAAACACACACUCCAUCCAUGAGAAGUAUAUAUUUCUGUUGUUGUCUGUUGUCAUUAUCAUUGGCACUUUCCAUGAUACUUAUAUUUUUUAUGUAAUUGAGUGAUUCACCCAUUCUUACACUUCACUUGAUUUCCUAAUGCACAAAUAUUUUUGUAAAUCUAAUUACUUUUGCCUCAAAAGUGAAUGUGUUGAAGAUUCUUGCCUUUUGUGGCUCAGGUAAAGCAACAAUUGUGAAAUCUGUUUCUUCUGUGUUGGGAAACAGUUUUAUUGCAUUUGACAAUGUAUUAUCACAUCUGUACUGUUUUCCCUUAACAUGUUCGCUGCGGUCACGAGUGCGGGCCGCUAAUGCUGUAGGCGGACGCUUGUAAUUGGACGUGAGCUGAGAGUUGAAAUCAUACCCCUGCAAAACCUGUAAGUUCAUGUUGUGCAUGUACGUAAUGUUGACAGCAAAUAUAAUGUCUCCACAAGAGGUGGUGCUAGAUACAGAAAUACAAGUACGCUUUAGGAGCAUGCCGAUCAUGUGUGAAAUGCUGCAUGCUGUCUGACACUUAUAAGUGUCGUAUCCAUCUAUUGCAAGCAAUUCCAACAGUGCCUCUCAUUUAUUGAUUUUAUUCCAAACUGAAAAGAAAAUGCAAUUCAAACAACCAAUAAAUCUGCUCCAUUGAUAAAGAAUUAGUCAGAAAACACCACAAGAUUUAUGAAACGGAGAAAAAGAGACAGGACUCAUCUGCAGUGUGGUGCUAUGGAAACCCAAUCCCAUAUAACAAAUGAGUUUGCAAGGUGUGGAGGUGAUGUUUUUAUAGCAAACCACAAAUAAGUCCACAUACUGUACAGAAGCCUCAUGUUCUGAGCAAUCAAUCUAACAUCAUUUUACUUGGCUAUCAAAUAAAACAAAUGCAAACACUUCACAAAUCAAACAUAAAAGAUCUUCCUCUGAAGAUAUGACAUCCCAUUACAUUAUGGAGUGCAAUUGUGCAACAGUUCAAACAGGAUCCAGGUUUGUUUGGACACGUUACGCACAUGUAGGGCAUGUCCGUACACUUGCCCCAUUCCACACACAUUGUACAUUGCUUCCUCAUAACUUGGUUCUUCCCUUCAGUUGCAUCCCACUUUUGCGCAGUGUGUGUGUGUCUUUACAAUAUUUGUUACGCACACCUUUUGUAACAUCCAUUUGUGGAAAUACUCCCUUUAUUAUUUGUAUUCUAUAACCAUACGUCAUUUUAUGCCCUGAGUAUUUAUUAUAUAGGUAAUGUGAAUUGAACAUUAGCAUAUCAACUACAUGGAAGAAUAGUUUCUUUGGCCAGCGGACAGUCUUUCUUUCACGUAAAUAAUACGACAAUACCUGGUCCUGCCUAUCGGUCCCAACAUACAGCUAUUAUAUUUGAUACUUGGCAGUGCUUUUGAGACUAUUUCCUGGCAUGCAUUUGGCGCAUGUCUCAUUGUAGUAGGAUAUUCUCUCGAAAUAUAGGAGACCUCUCGUCUAUCCUUCCAUUUGCCAAUCAUUAUGCCAUCCGAAUAUUGUGCAAUGUGUCUCCUUUCCCCAGUUUUGUGCAUACCACGUCUUUAGGGGUAUUUCUUCUAUUUACCCUUAGUGUCCCGAUACAAUGUGUUUUAACAUUCAACAGGGUUUUAGCUAAAGCAAAGCUGUUGUAAAAAUUGUCUCUGAAAACAUGAUGGCCAGCAUCAGCUUCUCUUCCAACAAAUGUAAUACUAUCGUUUCAGCAUGCCCUUUCCCCCUCAUACCACCACACAUCCUCGUGUACACAGCACAUUUAUUUACGAGACUGUCUGGAUUGUGUAGCCUGUAGAAUUUGAUGCCAUAUUUAUUCCUUUCGUUCUUUAUAUAUUGUCUAAAUGACAAUCGUCCCCUAAAGAAUCAUUGAUUCAUCUACAGGUAGAUUCUUACCUGGAUAAUACACCUGACACAUUCUGUUGUUAAAAUAAUUCAAUAUAGGGCGUACCUUAUAUAGUCAGUCAUCUGGUUUCAGUUCUCCUGACUGGAUAGUUCGCAAAAUACAGUGAGUGUAAGAUGAGCAAAUAUCUGUCUCUGCCCGUACUCAUCACUAUUCCUCUAUAUUAAAACGGCGGGUCUUCCUUCCAGUAGUCUGUAAUAGGGCAUAAUUGGCAUUACCCAUAUGUAAUGAAAUACCCAGGAAGACUAGUAUUUUUCCUGUACUUACCGGUUUCCAAUUACUAAUUGUAUAGCCCUCUUUCACAUUUUCGCUCGCAAAUAUAUUGCAUGCGUAAAGAAACCCAUUGGCGUAUUGCCAGCAGGAUUUAUCUGCAAACAUUCUUCUUUUUUAAAUGGAUGAUACUGCAUCCCAUGUGGUUCUUCAUGCCAAGUCGCACCUCGUUGGCUUACUUCGGCGAGCGCAGGUUCUUUAUCGUCAGCGAUUUCUCCAUCAUUGUCAUCUGUAUCAUCCGAUUCCGAACUGUUGCGAAUCAUAUUCGACAGUUCUGCUUCCACACUGUCAUCACUAUGGUAUGUUUCUGCAGUCUCCGAAUUCCAACCACCCGCCUCUGGUCCGUCCCCUCUGAACUCAACAUCACUAUCUUCUAACACGCUCAGUAACUCAUGGUCAGUUAGAAGGCCCUGGUGUCGGUUGAUUUGCCGCCAUUGCAAACAAUGCACAACACAGACGACUAAAGACAAAAACACACAACUGCAGACAGAAAAACAUUAUGUGAUAUUUUGUUGGUUGCUUGUACUAACACAAGUGCAAGCCAAACAAACCAAACUGAGUACUCAGCUAGCAAAUGCUCCGCUUAUAAGCAUUACCUGCACUGACGUAUUGAUCGCAGAAACGCUUAUAAGUGUCAACCACACUGGAGUGUUGAUCGUGGAAAAGCUUAUAAGUGUCAGCCGCAGCGAACAUGUUAAGCUACAGGCAAGGUGCCUUAUUUGGUGUUAUAAAUAAUGCAGGUAUUACAUUCCAUAUAGGCUUCCUACAUUCCACAUUCAUUGACUUGGCUGAAAGUGUAGGCAAAGAAACUCUGCUUUGUUGGACAGAUAUACGUUCUGCAACGGAUCAGAUCUUCAGGUGUUUACUGCCAAUUCUUCGUUAUUAAAGGAAAACAACAGUAUUCAAUAAAUUUCUGUACAUUACAAAAGACUCGUAAAUAACAUGUCCUGUGUAAUGCACCAUUUCAUACAUACCACAUCCUUAGAAAACUAAAGUGUGACAAAAAGGGGGGUCAUUUUUUGGUUAUUAUCAAUUUUUAUGGCACUCCAUAUGCUCCCUAUUGAAAAAACUAUGUUACAAAUAAAUAUAAAUAUUAGUAUUUGCAUUUAUCUGAUAUUGUAUACAGAAAUAUUGUUUGCUGGACACCUGGGGCACUGCUAUCACACAGGGUAACAAAAACGAGAUGGAGUGUUGUGACUGUUAAGUUAGAAUGUGCUUUCUGUACUACCUUAUUCAUGCCAAGACAUAUUUCAGGCCUUCACCUCAUCUUCAAUUGGCAUAGUACCCUUGUAUCCUCAUAAUAAUUACGCUAGCUGAAUUUUUAACGUUGUAGCUGUCUUUUAUUAUGAAUUUUGUAACACAUUGUUUUGCAUUUACAUUCCUAACGCAAUUACUUUGAGAUUCAUUGGUGUGCUAAUGCAACACCACUUUCACCUUGUGCCCUACUAAAUGCAAAACAAAUUGCCAGAUACAGAAAAAAGGCAGUUACAACAUUCAAAAUUCAGUUGACAUAAACUUGACGUAUCAGGACAAGGCUGUUCUUCUUUCUAUAUUUUAUCUGUGGUGUUUGCAGCUACAACCAUUAUUUGCCCUUUGUAACUGUGUGCAUACUCAUAAAGCACAUAUUUAAUGAUGAGAAAGAUGCUAUAUUUUUGGUAGAUUGUAUGCUUCACUUCAGCUCUGUCUUUUGUAGCGACAAAUUAGUUAAUAUUUGUACACUCUCUCUAAUAGACUGAUGUCAUGAUGAUCUACACUCACACAUCAGUGUGUUAGAUAAAUGUGUAUUAUAUUUAAUCAGGCACAUGCAACUCGUACAACCCAGUAAGACUGUUGAUAGUAUGUGAUAGGUUAGUACAGUAGUUUAUGUAAAGAAUUAGUGAUUCUCAAUACUCAUAGACUAUCAACAGCUGCAGUAGUAACAGAUUUUUUGUGAACACAGUUAUAGCCAUAGAUAUAUACCUCAAAAUCAAAGCUCUGUGAAAGACACAGCAUUGGUGUGCUUCGUUUUUACUUUGUCAUUUUACUUACAGCACAUAUUUAUUAUUGCUGCUAUUUACACUCACUUGUCAUUUUCCCACCAGCUUUUCUGUGUGUAAUCUUUUUGUUUUAUUAAUGUGUAAGUUAAAUAAUAUUAAACUAAAAGCAGUAUUCUCUGUAGCAGCCAAAAUAUGAACAAGACAUAUUUUUAUAUAAAAGAAUCUCUAGAUAUAUUACUUGCAUAUUUGUGAAAUGUUUGGUUUCACACCUAUGAAAUUUGUUGUUUGAAUUCAUGAAAGACUAUGGAAUGAGUAUUGUUAAUGACAAAUGUAUGAGAGACUGACUUCAUUGAUGUUACUGAUGAUUAUAAUUUUUGGACAUGUUUAGAAUCAUGUAUUAUAUAUUUUUAAACUUAGUAUUAUUAUGAAUUACAUUUACUAUAUCUUUGUAUUUGUGAUAUCUAACAAGUCCUAAAUGCUAUUGCUAGUACUUCAUUAGCACAAAUAUGUAUUUAAAACAGAUUUAUCUUCUGUUUUUUCCCUCACAGUAUUAUGAUGUCAUAAAUUAGAAAAAAGUGUCAGGUGCUGCAUUUAGUUGUUGAACCAUGCAUACUAGUGCUUGACAUGUGUAACAGAAAAGACUUGCCUUCCAUUCUAUGGUGCUUUGAAGAAAACAAACCCGUUUCACAUACAUAUUUAUAAGUGUAUUAGAUUAAUUAUCAGUAAAAUCUUGCAUCACUUUGUCUUUUGGACAUAUGAAAGUUACAUAUUUAUAAAAAGGGGUUAGGUGAUGUAGACCAUGAUUAAGAUGAAACACAGUAACUUGUGGACUUUAACUUUCACACACAAUUUGGAGUCAUUCUGUCAGUUCGCUGUUGCCAUCGAUUAUAUGUUUGCAAAGCACAGCAUUCUCCGUCACCUCCUUUUUCUCCUAAUUCGAUUCAGUCCUGUUGCAUUCAGAGAGGCAAAACUUCCCCCCAAUUGGGAAGUCUGAAGCAUUAUCUCCAACAGAUGUGAUUGUUGUAGUUUUAUCUGGUCAAAUUACCUCAUGUGCCAUGUCAUCAUAAUAACAGUUUGUUAAAGAUAUUCUGACUAGCUGUAGGACAUUUGUGGGAACUGCAAAACAGGCCCUUCUAAUAUAAGAAAGUAAGUGAACUGUACAGGUAAAAGUCUGCCAUUUCUUCUGAGCUUGAUCACUCAACUACAGUUAUUUCUUGGCUGUAUUUACAUCAAGACUAUAUGUGGAAGACAGUGGCAGGAUAUAAAGAAAGAUGUACUAAAUUGCUCAUCUGCAAUAGCAGCAAAACUAUUAAGAAAGUUUUUUCUUUAGAAUAGCUCAGCAUGUACACUGAAGAUCAGAAAUAGGUAAUGCAUGAAAACAGAAAGAUAUGUUAUAGGAAUCAGAACACUGCAAGGAAGCCAGAAAAAAAGUGAAAUGGAAUGGGGAUAGUGAAAGAACAUUGGACUGCUGUAGAACUUGUCCACAAUUAACUGUCCUAGUCAUGGAAAUUAACAAAAAUUUUCAAGUAGGGAUGUGAUUUGUGAAAACGACAUUGCUUGUCAAAGUGAACCUCUUUAUCCAACAUAAGAUGUUACAUUUGCAGACCGUUAAUCUGUUACAUCUACAUCUAUACCUACACUCCACAAGCCACCUGACGGUGUGUGGCAGAGGGUACCUUGAGUACCUCUUAUCAGUUCUCCCUUCUAUUUCAGUCUGUAUUGUUUGUGGAAAGAAAGAUUGUUGGUAUGCCUCUGUGUGGGCUCUAAUAUCUCUGAUUUUAUCCUCAUGGUCUCUCCGCUCUCUGCUCGACUUCUCGGUGAACGUAUGUUCUCGAAAUUUAAACAAAAGCUCGUACCAAGCUACUGAGCGUUUCUCUUGCAGAGUCUUCCACUGGAGUCUAUCAAUCAUCUCCGUAACGCUUCCGCGAUUACUAAAUGAUCCCGUAACAAAGCGUGCUGCUCUCCUUUGGAUCUUCUCUAUCUCUUCGAUCAACCCUAUCUGGUACAGAUCCCACAUCGGUGAGCAGUAUUCAAGCAGUGGGCGAACAAGUGCACUGUGACAUUUUGUGGUAUGAUAGUAAUCAAGUCCUUUUUUACUGUUAGAGGGGACUUUCUCAUUGCUAUUUGUUUUGAAUGGAAUGCAUCUCAGUAAAUUGCCCAGUGUGCAAGAAGGCAAAGCUCGUUGUGUGUGUGUGUGUGUGUGUGUGAGAGAGAGAGAGAGAGAGAGAGAGAGAGAGAGACAUACUUUAUCUCUCGGAGAUGGAGCUUGCCUCAUGGCGAAAGCAUUACUAAAUGCUAAAAAAUAAGCAUGGUCUUUUAUGGUGCUCAGGUGGCACUCGUGCCCUAACUGUUUUCACUGGAAUAAUUGUUCUCCCUCUGAAUUCUGUAUGUUGCAUGUCAAAAAUAUGAUCAGUUAUUAAUUUCAUUAUUUGAUUUACAAAUAUUUUAAUUUGUGUAGUUUGCACACAUUGGAGAAGAGUGCCAAAAUAUAUUAAACUGGUGCUGUCACCAUAUUUUUCAUAAACAGUUGGUAUGCUAUAAGCAUAAUAUAAUUUUUAAAAAACCACUCUUAAUUAAAAUCUGUGUAGAGUUUCUUUCUUCUUUGAAGCAACUUUAGGUUAAAAUUUUCUUUCAUCUUGCGUGAAAUGUACCUCGAAUAUUUAAUAAUGGAGCAUUGUAGUCUUAUAUCAUUGUUACAAGAAUACUGUAAAUGAAAUGCUGAACAUUGAUUGAUUGAUUCAUCAGGAGGAUAAAAGGAAAGAAAAAAAAUAAGACUUUCAUUCAUUGAAAAGGACCCCAUAUUUGGGAUCAUGAGAGAAAUGUAUUAUGGAAAUGAUAUUUCACAUUUAUAACUCUAAUGACAUUCUCUUGUCGAGUUAUAUCUCUGUUAUGUUGUAAUCAUCUGUUAGCUGUGAUCAAACUAAGCUUUCUGAAAAUGGGGAAAGUAGGAAUAGUAUAAGGUUGUAUUUAUGUAUAGAUAUAGGAGAGCUUGAACAGUAUUUAGUCUGACAUUUCAACAUAGCUGUCAGUUAUAAUAGGUUGUUAUCUGAAAUGCUUAGUACUAGAUACAAAUGAAGGGGUCGAUCGAAGAAAGUGCUAACCCUGGAUUUAAUAAAGAUUAUUCUAAUUAUGUUAUCUGCUAUAUAUUCGCACACAUCACAUGCUGGUAACAGUUCCACAAGUAACAUGAAAAACCACUAUCUUUUUACAUAAAUUGUUUUAUUGUAGUUCUGGUUUUGUAUUUGAAUUCAACCAACCCUAUAGCAUACGACAACUCAAAAUAUACUCUUGUGGCUUAGCACUUUCUUCUGUGAACUGCAUGGAAAUGCCAGCAGUAGAGAGAUCUCACCUUGUGGACAAUGUCGCCAGAUCUCAGUAUGGCUUUUAUUUAAACUCGAUAUGUUGUUUCAUAUAAGCAGAUAUGUUCACCCACAAGUAGACAAGUUUAACACCAUUUAUACCGUGAAUGGUGAUGUAUUUUUACUGAAUUUGUCUUCCAAUCAAGAUUUUUUCUCUUGCAUAUAUCUGUUAGUUAUGGUAAAUAUGUGACAUACAAGACUGAAUGAGAUGUUUGAAUCCCAUCUUCAAACAAGUAAAUAAAUGUGUAGCAUUCAUUGUUAAUCUGCCUUAUUCUUUAAAAAUUUUCAGUGUAUUCAAAAAAUUAAGUUGUAUUUCAAUAAUAAGUAGGACAUUUACUGCACUUUAUUCUGCUGCAAAUUUACAUUCUAUUACUUAUCAUGUCCCCACAGGAAUUGUUCCGGUAGAUCUGAGGGUUCUUUUUGUACAGUAAUCUCAGUACUUUAUUUCCAUUUAUCACUUGGCUGUAUUAUACUGUCAUUUUUUCCCUUCUAUGCAUGUGGUGUCCUUCUUCCCAGUUCCAUAUUACGUAGUGUUCCUCUCAUAUUGUUUUAGAAUGCCCAUAUGUCCCUUGACUUGCAAUUUAAAAAAAAAAAAAAAAAUUGAACCAUGCUACUGAUGUUUGUGAUUUCAAAUCGCUUGUUAUAGUGCUUGCCUUGUGGCAUUUCCAGUCAUAGUCAUGCCUAUGAAGCGGAUCAUAGUAUCUAUUAACAUUCAAGCAACCACCACAAUGGAUGCUUGUUUUAAGCAGCUACAUGAGUUAACAACAGUUGUUACUCUCUCGAAUUGCCUCUAAUUAUGUUGUUCAUUUAACACUUUGACUACCGCACACAUAGUGAUGGAUGUUUCACCACCAUACCAUGCCAUGGCAUCAAAUAUACAGCUCUGCUGUGGUUACUGCCAGCCCUAUGGCAGUCAACAUGUUAAAUAAGUUUGAAAAGAGGGCACUGGGUAGUGUAAAAUUUAUAAAUAAUGAGAUCUAAUAAUUUUCUCCUUUAGCCAUGCAUGCUUUUUUUCCUACUGACUCAGUCUUCAAAUACAGCAGUCACUGGCCAUGUUUCCAGGAAUCAGAGGCAAGAUGACUCAUUACUCCACAAAUACCAAUAAUGAGAAAUAGUAUUACAGCAGUCAAAGCAGUGUACUCCCUUGUAUAGAAAUGUAUACAGUUUGGAUAUAAUGGUUUAAAUCUUACCUUCCAUCCAACCUCAUUGUCAAUACUGUGUUGUAGUUUCCCCUUUUGUGGCAGAAAGCCAUAUUGCACUGCUUCAUUCUAUAGCUAAAUUCAAAAGCUUUAUGAUUUACAUCUUGGCGUGUGCUAUUAGCUCACACUGUGCUAAUAUUCAUUAGUUUGCUUCUUAUUUUCUUUUUUCAGACUGGAAGUAAGUUUUAUUUAUUUAAUUUUGUGGUUCAUUACUGGGUUCUUAAUGGAUAGAAGUGCAUGGUUGUCAAAGUCUGCUUUCACCUACAUCUGUUUUUUUAUAAUCAAUGAUUGCAUUAUACUAAGUCAUAAGAUCUGGCUUAAAAUUUCUCCAUAACUCUUUUACAGAAAUACAUAUCGAACUUUUAAAACUUUCUUAGAGAUUUGUAAUUUUUUUUCUUGUGCACUUAAAUGAAUUUUUAGUAAAUAUCAUGUUCUGCUUACUAAUGGCCCGAGAAUAACCCUCAAUGGUUUCCUUAUUAUGUAACACAAAAACUAUACAUAUGUAGAAAUUCAACAAGAUGAUUUUUCAAUGAUAAGUUAGUUCUCUACUACGUCAGUUGUAUUGUGGCUUGAAAUCCAUCUUCAAAAUUACAAAUCAGAUGUUUAUUCUGUUUAGAACAGUGCUAGAACUUAAACAUUAAAUUUCUAUAAAUCUUUGCCACAUCACUAAAGAAAACAUGCAGUACAGCAUCAUAUUUCUCACAAUUCAGUUGUCAGUGAAGCAUUUAGGAAACUGUACUGUUGUAUUAUUUCAGUGAAAACAAAUACUCUCCUGUUGUUUCAUAUGGUGCUACAAAUCACAGGAACAUGAGCAAGUAUCGCAAAAAAUUUGGUAUUAGUAAUUUAGAACUACAAAACAGAAGAGUAAUUGAGAUCCAUGAAGUAAUAGGCUUACAGAGUUGCCCUCUCAGUGCUCAGUACACUACAGUAGUCAAGGUUUCAGACACUCCUUUAUCUGUAAUAAUAAUGUUUGCCAUAAGUAAUUUCUGUAGGUGAAAGAAAAACUACUAAUGAUUGUAUUUUUUAAUUGUGUGUUAAAGCCAAAGAUAGAUACAAAAUAAAAGUGAAUAUAAGUACCGUUGUUAAUUCAAAACUAAUCCUUUUGUACAUUACAGAGAAGGAAUAAAAUCUUUUUAUCCAU